GCUAGCAAAAAUGGCUAUGUGUUGAGACGCGCGGGUCGGCCGCAUCCUGUCAGCGAGAGGCGGCUCCAUCCCCGGGACCCUUAAGCUUUUUUUUUUCUUUUUUUUUUUUGCCAUGCCCCGUUAAAGAUGAUCGAUGGCCAUGCCGGAAAGCACACCGAGUCCGUGGCGCAUUCUCUAAACGUCCUACUCUGCGUCACCACCUGCUGGAGCCCUAGCCCGGCGGUUUCUUCUGCACGCCAGUCAGAAGUCACGGCGAGCUCAUGGCGGUAAAGCAUCGCGUGGAGGCGGUGCUCAACGUGGGCCUGCGCGUCCCCAGCAUCAUGCUCCUGGACGUGCUGUACCGCUGGGACGUGAGCUCCUUCUUCCAGAAGAUCCAGCGCUCCAGCCUGUCCAACAACCCUCUCUUCCAGUACAAGUACCUGGCGCUCUACCUGCAUUACGUGGGUUACAUUCUCAGCCUGGUGCUGCUCACUCUGCCUCGUCAGCACCUCGUCAAACUUUACCUCUACGUGCUGACCGCUCUACUCCUCUUUGCUGGCCACCAGGUGUCCAGGGAUUACGUGCGCAGUGAGCUGGAGUCGGGCCACGAGGGGCCCGUGUACCUGGACCCCCUCUCCAUGAACAGAUUCACCACAGCACUCAUAGGUCAGCUGGUCGUGUGCACCUUGUGUUCCUGCGUGAUGCAGACCAAAAGGAUUUGGCUCUUCUCGGCUCAUCUGCUCCCCCUGGUGGCCAGGCUGUGCUUGGUCCCUCUGGAGACCAUUGUCUUCAUCAACAAGUUCUCCAUGAUCUUCACGGGCCUGGAGGUCAUCUACUUCCUGGCGUCCAACCUCCUGGUGCCGUACAACCUGGCCAAGACUGCUUACAAAGAGCUGGUCCAGGUGGUGGAGGUCUACGGGCUGCUGGCCCUGGGAAUGUCCUUGUGGAACCAGCUGGUCCUCCCAGUUCUCUUCAUGUGUUUCUGGCUGCUGCUCUUCGCUCUGCAGAUCUACUCGUACUUCAGCACCAGAGACCAGCCCACUUCUCGAGAGAGGCUGCUUUUCCUCUUCCUCACCAGCAUCGCAGAGUGCUGCAGCACGCCAUACUCCCUCCUGGGUCUGGUCUUCACCGUCUCCUUCAUCGCUCUGGGCGUGCUCACGCUCUGCAAGUUCUACCUGCAGGGCUACCGGGCUUUCAUGAACGACAACACCAUGCACAGGGGAAUGACGGAGGGCAUCACGCUGCUCAUCCUGGCCGUGCAGACGGGGCUCAUCGAGCUGCAGGUCAUCCACCGAGCCUUCCUCCUCUCCAUCAUCCUCUUCAUCGUGGUUGCCUCCAUCCUGCAGUCCAUGCUGGAGAUUGCCGACCCCAUCGUCCUGGCACUGGGGGCCUCCAGAGACAAGAGUUUGUGGAAGCACUUCCGAGCUGUGUCGCUGUGUUUGUUUCUCCUCAUCUUCCCGGCGUACAUGGCUUACAUGAUCUGUCAGUUUUUUCACAUGGACUUCUGGCUCCUCAUCAUCAUCUCUUCCUCCAUCCUCACCUCACUGCAGGUGCUGGGCACUCUGCUCAUCUACGUGCUCUUCAUGGUGGAGGAGUUCCGCAAGGCUCCGGUGGAGAACAUGGAUGAGGUCAUCUACUGCGUCAACGGGACCUACAGACUGCUGGAGUUCUUGGUGGCGGUGUGCGUGGUGUGUUACGGCGUGUCGGAGACGGUGUUUGGGGAGUGGAGCGUGAUGGGCAGCACCAUCAUCCUGGUGCACUCCUACUACAACGUGUGGCUGCGGGCGCAGUUGGGCUGGCAGAGCUUCCUGCUGCGGCGGGACGCCGUCAACAAGAUCAAGAGCCUCCCGACGGCGAGCGACGCGCAGCUGCGGCAGUACAACGACAUCUGCGCCAUCUGCUACCAGGACCUGAACAGCGCCGUCAUUACGCCGUGCAGCCAUUUCUUCCACGCCGGCUGUCUGAAGAAGUGGCUCUACGUGCAGGAGACGUGUCCGCUCUGUCACGCUCAACUGAAGAGCCAAUCGGCGUCUGCCACGUUGGCCCCCGACGCAGACACGCCCCCAGCCAACCAGAGGCCUGCAGGACAGGAAGACUCCACGGCUGGGAGUGAGGAGAAGGUCGGAUGUACCACUCAGUCCUCGCCAUCGUCUUCAUCUUCCUCCUCCUCCUCCUCCCACAUGGGGGACACACACCCUCACCCCCCGUCUCCCCCCGUCCAGGAGGGGGCGGAACCACAGCCAAACCCUGGAAGGACCCUAUCGGAUAAUCAGGAGUUGUGAGCCCCCCCCGAGUUGGCCCACACGUGCAUGUAAAACACGCUAACUUGUCCACUGAUUGGCUCUUCCAUCAAAAAGCCCGGAGAACGCCAUCCCGCCAGUGAAGUGACAUCACCAGUAGGACACCGGCGCCUCGGCGUCUCACAUUUUGUCCCGUGCCGCCGCCAUGUUGCAGUCCAGUGUUACAAAUCCUUAUUAUUGCUUCCUGGCAGAGCCCCUCCCUCCUGAGCCGCGUGAUGGGAGAACAUGGCGCCGAGACGCUCACAACGAUGCUGCAUGCCUCUAUGAAGACGCCCGCACGUUUCCACGGUUACCAAAGCAUCUCUUCCUUCCUCCCUGAUGUGCUCAAGGUUUAGUUUUUGGGGGGGGUGCGGUGGGGUCACAUUUGCACUGAUGUCAUCUCAACCAGCGACGGUUCGUAGCCGUCGCGCCGCGUCCGUAACCAAACGAGCUAUAACGAGUCCGUCGAGGCUUUCUCGUGAUGUUACUUGUCUUUGGCCACGCCCUCUCUCCGGCCCGUAUGACGCGCCCCACAGCCGGUGUGAUCGCUCCACUGUCAGGAGUGGGAUCGGCUGGGCGCAGACGACUCGGAGCGGCGCUUGUUACCUUUCACGCAGUGUUAGCGCUCUUGUCAAGUGGAGGUGGGGGGGGGUGGAGGGCGGCGUCCAGCAUGAAUACAUGAUGAAUGUAGGAUGAGACCCGCCCCCCUCCUCCCCCCCUCCCAUGCCACCAAAAUGUUUAUUGAUGAUUAUUUUUGUAUGAGAUGAAAUGUAGACUUUGACGUAUUUUGCACACGAGCUCCACGCCAUCAUCGCCGACGAAAUUCUAUACCCUCGCGACUGUUGGUGCUCACAUGUUCCCUCUAGCACCCGACGCCGCGUGUUUCGACUCGACCUCGCUGUGACGACGGUGAAUGAAGGCCAGGUGCAUUGUGGGAUUGUGGCGUUUUACACCAAUUAAAAUGAAGCAUCCACUCUG